AUGAAGAAAGGCGGUGCAAAGCACGUGCCGAUGGGCGGCGGUGGUUGGGGCGGGGUCUUUGGUGCUGUGGCAGCUGGUGCCGCGUAUCUUCUCAGAGGAGCCCAAAAUUCCGGGGACGACAGCGCCAAUGUGACGCCGACCUGGCCGACCACUGGAAGCGAAAGAACAAGAAACUCAAUUCGUGAGAUCUACCAACUACCCGGCAACCGGAUGCACGAGGCCCAGACGCUGACCAACCUCUUCACGACGAAUAUUCUCGAAAAAGUCAGCGAGGACGAGGGCAAAAUCCUACAAGAGCUACAAUACGAGGUCUACCGAUUUUUGCGUGCGAACGUGACGGCUGCCAGCUACAGCGGAGAGGGAGCCAACGAUGGUGGCUUUAUUCAGAUCUACUUCAAAAUCCAAAUGACGCGCGGCCCACCCCGGUACAUGACCGUUUGCGUGUCGAAAGAUCUGUACGAGAAGGAUCCGAAUUUCUACGACCCACGGCCGACCGAAUCACCUCAAUCCGACGCUGUACCUGAGCAACUCGACCUGUCGAUCGUCGUGCUGCUCGUCGGGAUGUUUGCGGGCUGCCUCGUCAUGGUCACGCUGCUUAUCGUUUGUUGGAUGAAACUGCCGAUGAAGGACGAAUUCGAGCCGGCAUCGGAGAUGACGCCCAGCCCAUCGGAGAAGCGGAAGGAGAGGCCGGAUUUCGAC